GCUACUGCAGUUCACACGCGUACAUCCCCUCAAAGUCACACAUUCACACACGCACACACACACACACACGCGAGGAGUCGUUGUCCGCGUAUUUCAUCGAUUCACUAGUAGACCGUCACAGCGAGCAAACUUACAACAACAACAAAUAGAAGAGAGAGAAAAAAGAGUGUCGGCAACUUAAUCAUAAUGCCGUCUGAAAACCCCAACGCCCACGUUCUCAACAACGUGCUCGAUACCAUCGGCAACACCCCAUGCAUCCGUCUCAACCGCGUCCCGCAGGCGCACGGCGUCGCGUGCGAGGUGGUCGCCAAGUGCGAGUUCUUCAACCCCGGCGGCAGCGUGAAGGACCGCAUCGGUAGGCAGAUGGUGCUUGAUGCCGAAAAGACGGGCCGCCUGCACCCCGGCUCCGUUAUCGUUGAGGCGACCAGCGGCAACACCGGCAUCGGCCUCUCCCUCGCCGCGGCAGUGCGUGGCUACCACAUGAUCAUCACGAUGCCCAAGAAGAUGUCGCACGAGAAGGAAACGACGCUGCAGGCGCUCGGGGCGGAGGUGAUCCGGACGGAGACGGCGCUGCCGCACGACCACCCAGACAGCCUUAUCGGCGUUGCGCGCCGCCUGCGCGAUGAGAAGGGAUACGUGCUGCUGGACCAGUACACCAACCCCAGCAACCCGCUCGCGCACUACGAGUUCACCGGGCAGGAGAUCUACGACCAGUGCGACGGUAAGAUCGACAUGCUCGUCGCCACCGCCGGCACCGGCGGCACGAUCAGCGGCAUCGCGAAGAAGCUGAAGGAGCUGCUGCCGAACAUUAUUAUCGUCGGCGUGGACCCCGUCGGCAGCAUCAUCGCCGACCCCGAGCACCCGGGUGAGGCCAUCUCCUACCAGGUGGAGGGCAUCGGCUACGACUUCGUGCCGGACGUGUGCGAGCGCCAGUACGUUGACCGCUGGGUCAAGACCCGUGAUCAGGAGAGUUUCGACCUGGCCCGUGAGCUGCACCGCGAGGAGGGCCUCUUGGUGGGCGGUAGCAGUGGGUCGGCGUUGGCUGGCGUGCUGGAGGCCGCCAAAGACCUCAGGCCCGACCAGCGCUGCGUCGUCCUUCUGCCGGAUGGCAUCCGCAACUACAUGGCGAAGUUCGCCGAUGACAACUGGAUGAUUGAGAAAGGCUUCGCGCAGGGGGAGGUGACGCGCCCAACCUACGAGACGCUGCAGGCGGAGCUGGAGGCGGCCAAGGCGAAGCUGGCCAAGUACGAGGCCUCUGCUGCCCAGUAA